AUGUCUUCCUCCGAGCAACUUCAGAAACAGGCUGCCGCUCUUGGUCUCUCAGGAACAGACUUUGUGCACUACAUCACCAGCCAACAGGCAUAUGAGCGGGAAGAGCGAGCAGCCAUGCGACAAGCACAAAAGGAAGAAGCUGAGCGACAAGCACAAGCUCUGAGGGAAGAAGUUGAUCAACAGGAACGAGAAGCUGAGCGGCAAGCACAGAGGGAAGAAGCUGAGCGAAAAGCACAGAGGGAAGAAGCUGAGCGACAAGCACAGAGGGAAGAAGCUGAGCAACAAGCACAAAGGGAAGAAGCUGAGCGACAAGCACAGAGGGAAGAAGCUGAGCAGCAAGCACAGAGGGAAGAAGCUGAGCAACAAGCACAGUGGGAAGAAGCUGAGCGACAAGCACAGAGGGAAGAAGCUGAGCGACAAGCAUAA